AGGGCUGUGGAAUAACUGCGUAGCUUUCAGCUGAAUUAAAGGCGCAUUUACCCGCAAUAAAUCUCUAUGUGUUUAUAACCAAAACUCACAAGAAGAUAAGAAACCGGUCUGAUGGCAGCGAGGGUAGGACUGGCCAUGAAUCCGCCGCACACGACAGACGAGAGGGCGGUUUUCACGCAGCUGAAGCCCGUGAGGAUGCCCGGAGCAGACGGCGCCGAGGAGGCGUCCGUGUUUGAGGACGUCAAACCUGGGGUUCGAUUAGAGUUGGACAAAUACCUCCCCCAGGUCAACAGUCCUCUCUUGAGUAACCUGAUCGAUUCUGUCGACAAGAAAUACAGACGAGACAGCGCCUCCGUGGUCGACGACUUCUUCUCCGAGGACAAAAUGGCUGCUCCUUACAGCCUCAACAUCAACUUCAUCCUUCCCAGCACCACCCACCUCCGCACGGGCCUCUACCGGCACAACACCAAGACUCUCACGCCGCAGCAGAUCAAGACGGAGCCCGGGCUGGAGGUGCCCUGCUCCAUCUCCUCCUCCUCCAGCACCCAGGCCCUGCCGGACUUCACCUCCGUCUUCAGCGUGCCGCCCGUAGUCAACAACGGGUUCAUCAAGCCGGACAUGAGCUGUGGCGUGGUGGUGAGUGUCCCUGCAGGAUCCCAGCAGCAGCAGCCAAAUCUGGACACAGAGCUUCACAUCGGCCCCCCGGCCCCCCAGCCGCAGAUCUACCACAUGCCCAUCACCAGCUGCGCUGACCUCACCAUGACUCUGUCGCACGCCAGCCCGUCGGCACACGCCUCCACGAGCGGCAGGACCAUGCUGAACCUCUGCAACGUUGCAUCCAACGGCAACUACAUGAUGGCGGAGCACCAGCUACAGCAGCACCACGGUUACUACCAGGCCUCGCCGACCGGCUCAUCCCAGCACACGGCGCCCCACAGCCUGCCGCCCUCACCGCCAAACUCUCAGCCAGGGAGCCCGGACGGUCAGGCGGAGCUGCUCAGGUUAGCGCCACACCUUAUGCCACAGUACCAGCAGCGCCUGGACGGGAUAAAGGUGACGGGGUUGUCUCCACACGCCAUGCUGAUGACACAUGGACAGGGUGUCCUGACGGGUCCCAAAUACAACAGGCGGAACAACCCAGAGCUGGAGAAGAGGAGGAUCCACUUCUGUGACUACCCAGGCUGCUCCAAAGUUUACACAAAGAGCUCUCAUCUGAAGGCACACCAGAGGACGCACACAGGUGAGAAGCCGUACCGUUGUACAUGGGAGAGCUGCGACUGGCGUUUCGCCCGAUCGGACGAGCUCACCAGACACUACCGGAAACACACCGGAGCCAAACCCUUCAAGUGCAUCGCCUGCAGCCGCUGCUUCUCGCGCUCCGACCACCUGGCCCUGCACAUGAAGCGUCACCAGAAUUAACCGCCACGUGAGCGCACACGAGAGCGGUGUCCAUGACAUGACAGCCACCUGAACUCAACCCACACGGUACCAAAAUCAUCCCUGUUUGACUCUGGUGCUCCACGCCAACAUACAACGAGUGAUAGCAGACAUCUAACGGUGUUCUAGGUCAAAGAGAAAUGCAAGAAAAAGCCACGUUGUUGAAGGAUCUUAAGGUCGAAACAUCUGUCGUGGACUUUUCAGGCGAACUUGUCUUAACUCCCUGAACCCCCGACCCGUUUGACUUACUGCGGCAAAAGUCCUGCACCUCAAUGAAAACGGCACAAUCAUAAACACAGCUUUUAUGCCAAAAAUCAUAUAAAAAGGAAAAGCACAAUGGUAGCAAUAUUGAAAAAGAAAUGAAGGCCCCAGGUGCGAUAUAUAUGAAACUAUUUACAUUCUCACAGCCUCUACCUGUCCUCACCUGUCUGCUCGCUGUUCAGCAGCACCUCAGUCACAGAUGUUUCUGUCACGUGACGGUCGGUCUCAGCCGAGUCAAUCAUGGCGUCUGAGUUGCACCGAGGAGCCCAGAAGUGAAUGUUUUCACAGGAUCUGGUUCAAGCAAACACGUUCUUUUUGACCGAAAUUUUAAAAGUCACGUUUUGAUGAAAUAUCACAAUUUUAAGUUUUAAUUUGGUUGCUUUUAAACCACCAAAGCGUUCCUCACACACGGCGUAUUCAAGGAACGUCAGAGAGUUGAUUUGAUAAAUUAUGUAAUUUCAGGGAUUUACGUGAAUAAAAUGUGCUUUUUUAAACUGCCGGCGGGUUUUGGGGUUCAGAGUUUCGUCGUCUGCCGUCGACGGCUCCGUGUCAUUACCGUCUGCUAUCAGUCAACACAGUGUUGGCUGAAGUCUUAACGCCGGAGCUAAUGAUCUACCAGAGACUCAGAGAUGAUUUUGGUGUCUGCUCUCAUCACUAAAGAGUUGAAAAACGACACACUUUCACACACUCGACCUGCUUUACUUUCUGCAAAUAUGUGUCAUCAGCACUGUGGCCUCAGCCUCCUGAUGACAUCAUGGAAAAACUUUUUACUCUUGUAAACAACAACAACAACAUGAACUCUUUGUUUUUCCAUAAAUCUGCCACCACCACCACCAUCAUCAUCAUCAUCAUCAUCAUCAUCAUCAUCAUCACUGCCACCACCUUCUAUCAUCACAUAUGAACUCUUCAGGAGCGGUGGAGCUGUACGUCCUGCCGUUGUAAAUACCUGUUUAUAUACGUGUGUGUCUGAGAAUACAGAGAAUGUAAUGAGAUUUAUACUUGACAACCUUUUCUUUUCUUUUUUACAUCAAAUGUUAAUAUGAGUGAUACUCCAUGUUGAAGAGAGAGAGUAAACAAAUCAGAGAACUCUCUGUGGGAAAGUUAAUAGUGGCCUCGUCGUGCUUGUUUGAGCACAGGUAAUACCUGUCGAGCUCAGAGAGCGGAGGGAUUCGCCAAUGUUUGUAUCCAUGACACUACCUGUUGCCACAGCGACCGAGCUCCUCUGACGACAGUUUGCGGUUUAGCUCGCCGUCUCUUUUCUUUUCUCUCUCCUGUGUUUGUUCAACACUUCACCUGGAGACAGACAGAGACGGGUGGAUGGACCUCUUAUGUAAUCCUGGUUGAUUUGAAUGUGCAGUGCAGGCCGGUGAGUUACACUCUCACGGAUCACAGAGUCUGUAUGAUGGACGCUCACUUCACUGCAUGACGCUCAGCCUCAGCUGUGGCUCCUGCAUUCUUUUGGGCGUUUAAAUCAGUCGGGAUGCCCGUGCAUCUAUGUGCAGAGGAAAAUCCUGAGUCAAUGUCACCGUCGUUCUCCUUUUGCCACCUUUUCUCUUUUAGAUAGAACAAAAGAAACCAGUGCAAACAUGACAAUCUCCCAGUUUGUCAGCGUGAUAACUGAACUUUAAAUGUCUUCCGUGGGAGCUUGAACGAUGAACAAAAAUCCAGAACGUACCUUCGUUCAGAAGCAGAGAAAUACUUUGUCUACAUGAUAGUGACUUAUAGUUUGAUAUUAUCUAGUUAUGACCCACACCUGAUCUCACCGUUUCUUCACUGUUUCUAGCACAAACACUGUGUGUGUGUGUGUGUGUGUGUGUGUGUGUGUGUGUGUG